CCAUUAGCCCAAUAUCAGCCGGAGUUGAAAAAAAAAGGCAGAGUUUUUUUUCAUGGAAAUAUGAAAUGGAGGAGAAAGAGGAGCUUAGAGCGGUGAAAGCCGAUGGGUUAGUUAUAGAUGAAUAUUGGUGGUGGACCGCCGCCAGCGCCGCUCAAUUAGGUUGGGGGAUUUCCAAAUUCAGAAAGGGCUUCGCCGGAGACUCGCAUCUCAUGCCCUUCAAGGCCGUCGCCGUCGCUUCCCUCUUGGUCGGCGGCGCCGCCUCCGCCGCCGUCGCCUCCCUCCGCGUUUUCGGUGUCCGAUCGGUGGAAGAUGCAAAGUCUUUAGGCAGAAAUGUAAGGACCGGGCUAGGGGUACGCCCUAGGGGCACUUGACGAGUAUUUCGUUUUUCAAUUUAUCGAGGAAUUACAAUAAGCUAUUUCGUGUUCGAUGAUGUAUAAGAGAUCGUAGAUGAACUAUAUUUGUUGAACUGUUAAAAUGGAUUAUUGUGGUCUUUUUCUUUACGAAAUAUGAUACGACACCCAAAAAAUUGCUAUUGCCA